UUGACCAGCAGCUUGUUGGUUGGAGGAGGGCGGACUUAGGGAAGCAGUUUCCGGGUUCCCCUUCCUGGGCUGGGAUAGCAGCAACAGCGUAAAGGCUCCCGUUGAUUAACCAUACCUCAGAAUACGGUGCAGGCGUAACUUGACAAAUAGUAAUGUCGCAGUCGGGAGAAAAAGGAAAGUUUCCAGACUCAGCUGGUUAUGUUGGUUUUGCAAACCUUCCAAACCAAGUGCACAGAAAAUCUGUGAAGAAAGGUUUUGAAUUCACCCUUAUGGUAGUUGGAGAGUCUGGGUUGGGCAAAUCAACACUCAUAAACAGCCUGUUUCUUACUGAUCUCUACCCUGAGCGCUACAUCCCUGGAGCUGCUGAGAAAAUUGAGCGGACAGUCCAAAUCGAGGCAUCCACUGUUGAAAUCGAGGAGAGGGGGGUGAAGCUUCGGCUCACUGUGGUUGACACCCCUGGAUAUGGUGACGCCAUCGACAGCCAAGACUGCUUCAAGACCAUCAUCCAGUACAUUGACAAUCAGUUUGAGCGAUACCUACAUGACGAGAGUGGGCUGAACCGGAGGCACAUAGUGGACAACAGGGUGCACUGCUGCUUUUAUUUCAUUUCUCCAUUUGGACAUGGUCUAAAGCCUCUGGAUGUGGAGUUUAUGAAGGCCAUCCACAGCAAAGUCAACAUUGUUCCAGUAAUCGCCAAGGCUGACACGCUCACACUGAGAGAGAGGGAUCGUCUGAAGAGAAGGAUCCUUGAUGAAAUCGCAGAGCACGGCAUCAAAAUCUAUCAGCUUCCUGACGCUGACUCUGAUGAAGACGAGGAGUUCAAGGAGCAGACCCGAGUGCUCAAGGCGAGCAUCCCCUUUGCUGUGAUCGGGUCCAACCAGCUGAUUGAGGUGAAGGGGAAGAAGAUCCGUGGCCGCCUGUACCCGUGGGGGGUGGUGGAGGUGGAAAACCCAGAGCACAAUGACUUCCUGAAGCUACGCACCAUGCUUGUGACCCACAUGCAAGACCUCCAGGAAGUAACUCAGGAUCUGCAUUAUGAGAACUUCCGGUCCGAGAGACUGAAGAGAGCCGGCAGAGCUGUGGAUGAGGAUGUGGUGGAUAAAGACCAGAUUCUGCUACAGAAAGAGCUGGAGCUGCGGCGCAUGCAGGAGAUGCUCGCUCAGAUGCAGGCUCAGAUGAAGAUGAAAUCUGACGAGUGAAACCAGGGAAGCAUCCGCCAUAUUUGCAGAAAACCCUCCAGCCAGGAGUCACACCUGGAUCUUCAUCAUCUUAUUCUUCCUCUGUUUGCUCCCGCUAAGCAUCCAUCCACCAGCUGCCUGGAGAACCACACUGUCCUGUUUUGUUUUAUUCUCUAAAAAAGAUGACUAUCAUGAACAUUUAUCCGUUAAUUAGCCUCACGCCGUCGUUGUCUGUCAGUCUGCCAUCGAAAACGGUACUAAAAGACGUCUUCACUAAAGUUUACAGGAUGUUUGAAUCUUACUUUCACCGCCAGUUUCUGUCUGUUUUGCUGUCAGUUUAAACUUUUGUUUUGUGUCUAAUUCAACUUUCAGCCUCUUUUUGCCUUCAGUCCAGCUGACAGCAGCUCUUCGGUUUCAUCUGGUUCAUUUCAAUUCAGCAGAACUUUAAUAAUUAACAAUAAAAUCCAACCAGACUCUUAAUAUAGAGAGAAUCUGUCUCUAGAAUGACCUGCUUGUUUGUGUCUGCAGUUUUAGUUCCAAACUGCAGACUGAAAACAGUUGUGAUCAUGUCUGUAUUCGCUUCAGUUUAAAACUGUCUACAGGUUUCUUAAAAAGAAAAUCUACAUUAGAGACUUUAUUUAACUUCUUCCAUCCCCUCCAGAUUGAAUCUUUGUUCCCGCGCUGCUGUCCAUCUGAUGUGCCAUUCUCAACUUUUUGUCUUUUUCUGGAGUUAACAAUUAUUUCUUAACUAUGUGCCAUAAAGGACUUGUAUUUAGCUGUCAACAAUCUUUUUUGUACUUUUCUGAAAUAAAAUCUGUUGAUGACUAAAGUAA